AUGACCUCUUCGUCAAGGCCUGGUAACACCCACCAGGCCGACACCAAGAUCCACACUACCGCAAAUGCCGCACUGAACGAUGGGAAGACCACACUCAAGUCCGUAGAGUUCGCCGAGGCCCAGCCAAAGCAGGCGCUGGGGCCAGGUGCAGGAAAAGACAACAGUGAAAUGGGGCUCAGCAUAUAUGCGCGUCCGUUCGUCCCAGAGAUUCUUACUGUCAUCAACACUCUUCCCCCCCGGGAGGUACAGUCUACAGCACCAAGGAAAGCAAUCAAUUUUGCGGACUUUGUCGGCAUAUCCUUCGGAUCUUUUGCGACCUCCCUACCGAGCUUGCCUAUGCCCGCCCUCGACUUCCUCGCAGAGACCAGCAGCAGGAGCAGUAUUCGCAACGCGAAGGAAUACGAGGACUUCUUCCAGUUCCAUCUCCGUGAGGAAACCCAAGCUCAGCAGACGCAAAAUGAGGCAUACUCCUUGUACGGCCAGGAAGUGACGAUAAAACCCCACUCGCUCGAUUUUCAGUCUUUUCAAAGUCAAGGAGAGACGAUAUGCUCGUUGCGGGUCCCCGGAAUAAGAGAAAACAGCCCGUUUAUUGAAGAUGAUGAUGUGAUCUAUCUCCGAAGACUUGUAUACGGCCGAGAUGGUAGCCCACUCCUCAUGAGGGAGUGGUUAGAGUGGACGAAGGCGAAGACACACACCAGCAAUGUGCCACACCAGAGGCACAUGUUCAAAAAGGACGGCCCAGCCCCAGGGUGGACAAAUGUCUUGUAUGUUGCGCGCGUGCUCAGUGUCUCACGCCCAAAUCAGUUGCUCAUACUUCGAGUAAGGGGCCUACCUGGCGGUGGGUUCGCGCCGGAGCGCACAGAGAGAUUCAACGUGCAGUUCCCCUACCCUGUCGAGAGGUACCUCCCGAUGCAGUAUGCGCUUCCCCAUGUACGGCGGGGGCUUACACAACUCCGAGAGUAUCAGGAACCGAGGGACGGGCUGGAGGAUGGCGGUACAAGCAAGCUCGUCGACCCACAAACCCAACAAGCAGUGCACUGGAUUCAGUCGAUGCUAUUCCCAACUCUACGAGACUCUCAAAUGCAGGAAAACCUCCACGCUGGCCAGUUUCGCCAAAACUUCUUCGACCAAGUGCUCAACUGGGAGCAAAAGAAAGCGGUCGAGGCAGUUUGCGAAGGAAAAUAUGGCAAGCUGCCGUACCUGAUAUCUGGGCCGCCUGGAACAGGGAAGACGAAGACUAUCAUCGAGACUGCAUUGCAGCUCCUUAAGAAUACGAGCGCUCAUGGCCAUAUCCUCCUGUGUGCACCCUCAGAUCCUGCGGCAGACACACUAGUCCAUCGCCUGCGGCAGCAUCUCAACACCAGCGAGGUGUUGCGGUUGAAUAGACCAGGCCGCACAUUCGCUGAAGUGCCUGGGGCUGUCUUGCCAUACUGCAGCAUCGUGAACAACACUUUCACACUGCCAGCUCUCCAAGAACUCAUGAAGUAUCGUGUGGUCGUCACAACCUGCCGCGACUCUUCUCUGCUUGCUCAAGCCAGGACGACGAAUUCCGACCUUUACACGAUGGAGAAUUCCCUACGGAACCUGACCAGUGCCCCAGAGAGUACCAAACUCCACUGGUCUGCACUCCUCAUCGACGAGGCCGCUCAAGCCACCGAGCCCGAAGCUUUGAUACCCCUGACUGUUGUUGCGCCGCCCCUGAACGCUCCUGAGAACCUGUCACCACUGUUCGUCCUGGCUGGCGAUGAGCACCAACUGGGCCCACGAACGUCGCUUUCUUCCUCGCCUCUCAAGCUGUCCCUUUUCGCCCGGCUAUUCAAGCGGGCGGUAUACGCAGAUCACCCUCUAGCGAGGGGCAAGCCCCUGACGAAGUCUUUACUGCCAAUUCCCUGUCCUGCGUUCGCCAACCUGAAGCGCAAUUACCGUUCUCACCCAGCCAUUCUCGCAGUGCCAUCCAGUCUCUUCUAUGCUGACGACUUAGAACCAGAAGCGAGCGACACAAACCGCCUGGCGGACUGGGACGGGUGGCGUGGCCGACACUGGCCAGUGCUCUUCCAUGACAACGCCUCUCAAGACGAACUCGAGCUUCCGGGUUUGAUGGAGGGCACGGGCGGGUGGUUCAAUGCUGGAGAAGCCGACAUCGCCUGCCAGUAUGCGGCCUCACUCGUGACAUCGGGACUAGUCGAGCAAAGCGAGGUUUGCAUCAUGUCUCCGUUCAAAGCCCAAGUCCAACGGCUGCGCAAGCACAUGCGAGACCGCCGCAUGUGGGAUGUGAACAUUGGCCCGCUGGAGGCAUUCCAGGGGCUCGAACGGGGAGUAGUGAUACUCUGUGUAACAAGGUCGAGGGCAAAGUUCCUUGAGCAAGACCAACACAUGGGAUGGGGCGUCAUCGGCGACCCGAACAAGAUGAACGUAGCACUCACAAGAGCCAAGUUCGGGCUUAUUGUCAUUGGCGGACGGGAGCUUCUGGUUGAGGACCCUAAUUGGAAGGCGUUUGUGAGGUAUUGCGAACGGAAUGGCCUUGCCGCGGGAGAGGCAGAGGCCAGUGACGAAUACGUCCGUGGCGACAACUCACACCAGCGAACUCGACUGGAAAAGGUCCUUAUUGAAAAGGAGAGGAACUCGAAGCUGCAACACGUGGACGAGGGAUGGGGACAACGAUGCGACCUGAAUACGGAUCAAGAAAUGUGGACGAUGGGCAUGGUGGAGCCACCGCCAGAGCUGUCAAGCAACGGAUAUUGA